AUGAUCAGCUCAGUUUCAGGAACCCAGCCUCGCAUCUUCCGCAAGCGAGCCCGACCAAAACGCAAGGCUCCGGAUCGCAUACGAGAGGCAGCCAAGGCGGUUGAUCCUAGAUCCGGGCUGAUCGACGAUUUACCCGUGAAGAAGCUCAAACCCGCCCCAGAACCUGCUCCAAGCUCAGCCAACGCUCCAAUAGCCCCAGGAACAGCUCUCUUUAGCUCCUUUAGCUCCCAGUCCACAACAUCCUCAGCCGUAAACCCCCCCUUCCGCUACUCAGAGCUUGAGAACAUGACACCGUAUAUGCUGCAUUCCCAGUCCGUCCUAACAUACAAGGCCGCCAUUUCCUCAUCCGCAGGGGCAAGAUGA